UUCUUUUGUUAAAGACUAGAAACCAAGAUUUGAAUCUGCUGCCCAGAAAUGAAGAAUCAAGGAAGAGUUUAUCUGCAUCUGUUCUGAUUCAGUUUAAAGCUCCCUGUUUCAAGUUUGAAAAGUCAAAGUUUUAUGCUUGGAAAUGGGUUCUAGGCCCCAGAACCAGGAGAGAGUGCCAGAUAAUCUGAGAAAGCAGCUUGCUAUUGCUGUGAGAAGUAUCCAAUGGAGCUAUGCAAUCUUCUGGUCCAUUUCACCAAGACAACCAGGGGUUUUGGAGUGGGGUGAUGGGUACUACAAUGGAGAUAUCAAGACAAGAAAAACAGUUCAAGCCAUAGAACUCGAUGCUGAUCAAAUGGGUUUGCAGAGGAGUGAACACUUGAGAGAGCUUUAUGAGUCUCUCUCAGCUGGUGAAGCAAGUCCACAAGCUAGAAGGCCUUCAGCAGCAUUAUCUCCUGAAGAUCUUGCUGAUACUGAGUGGUAUUACUUGGUUUGCAUGUCUUUCGUCUUCAACAUUGGCCAAGGGUUGCCAGGAAGAACGUUAGCGAAUGGCCAACCAAUCUGGCUAUGCAAUGCUCAUUAUGCAGAUAGUAAAGUGUUUAGUCGCUCUCUACUAGCAAAGAGCGCGUCCAUUCAGACUGUGGUAUGCUUUCCUUUUUUGGGAGGCGUGAUAGAGCUGGGUGUGACUGAGCCGGUUUUGGAGGACCCUGGUCUCAUUCAACACGUUAGAACAUCAUUCUUGGAGAUUCCAUACCCUCUAUGUUUGAACAAGAUCAAUCUCAAUGCAGGAAGCUAUAGAAAUGAAAAUGAUCUUGCCAGCUCUGCGCUUGAUCAGGAUGUUAUAGACACCAAAUACAUUCCUACUGCGAGAUGUGAAGAAAUAGAUGCAACUUCACUCGAUAACAGUUCAGAUGGGUUUGGGCCAAAUCAACCAGCUGAAGAUUCAUUCAUGGUUGCUUCUCAAGUGCACAGCUGGCAGUAUAUGGAUGAUGAGUUGAGUAACUACGUACAUCAUUCCAUGGAAUCGAGUGACUGCAUUUCUCAAACAUUGGCAUAUCCUGAGAAGGUUCUCUCUGGUCUUAAGGGUGAAAAGUCUGUCUCCAAUCACUUUCCGCAAGACCAUAAAGAGUGCAAUUCCACAAAACAGAUCUCUUUGGCACCUGAAAGCAAUGACUUGCAUUACCAGAGUGUCCUUUCUUCCCUUUUGAAGAGCUCACACCAAUUGAUUUUGGGGCCACACUUUCAAAAUGGUCAUCAGGAAUCCAGCUUUGUGAGUUGGAAGAAAGGAGGAUCUGUUAAAUGCCGAAAACAACGAGUUGGAAGCCCUCAAUACUUGUUGAAGAAGAUUUUGUUUGAAGUUCCUAAGGUGCAUGUAGUUUGUGUUCUUGAUUCCCCAGAAGAUAAUGGUGAUCGAGAUGGAGUUUGGAGACCAGAAGCUGGUGAAAGUCUUAUGAACCAUGUAUUAUGUGAGAGGAAGCGAAGGGAAAAACUAAAUGAAAGGUUUUCCAUUUUAAAAUCUCUGGUUCCUUCAAUUCAAAAGGAUGACAAAGUAUCCAUACUGGAUGAUGCAAUAGAGUAUUUGAAAGAUCUUGAGAAAAGGGUUGAAGAGUUGGAAACGUCCCAGGAGUCGACAGAUAUAGAGGCAACAAUAAAGAGGAGAGCCCAAGACAAUACUGAGAAAACAUCUGACAGUUGUUGCAACAACAAGAUGAGUAAUGGGAAGAAACCAAUAGUUUACAAGAGGAAGGCCUGUGACAUUGAUGAAACAGAACCGGAAAUCAACUAUGAUGCAUCAAAGAGCAGUUUGAGUGAUAAUGUAAAGGUGAGUAUGAACAACAAGGAUGCUCUAAUUGAGAUGAGGUUUCCUUGGAGGGAGGGAGUGUUGCUGGAAAUCAUGGAUGUCACAAGCAGUCUUCACUUGGAUACUCACUCAGUUCAAUCAUCCACCACAGAUGGGAUUCUCUCUCUGACUAUUCAAUCAAGGCUUAAGGGGUCGAAUAUUGCAUCAGCUGGAACGAUAGAGCAAGCACUUCAGAGAAUUGCCAGGAAAUGUUGAAGCUCAUUUUCUAGUGAUGCCAUAGAGGGUUAUUUGAUUUCUCAUGUACAAUUGUUUAAAGGAUCUUUAGAUUGUCAGUGUAAGAAACACGAGUCUUUGAGGGUCUUUUUUCCUGCUGCAGGUAGUAUCACUAGUCUAGUAACAGGAACUAAACUUCCUGUCAAUGUCAUCAUUUUGUUCCAAGUUUAUGAAAUAUGAUUCUGUACCU